GCAGUUGGCGACGCCAGUACUGUUUUUGUAUCUAGUCAAGAACAGUCACGUCGCUUGUUUCCGCCUAUUUCUAGAAUAUUCUUCACCCCCAUUUCAACACUGCCGUGAAAAAUCAUGCAAUCGAAUAACCGGCCAUCAUCAAACGGAAGUAGUCCCGCAAUUCGUUUGGAUAGUUCACCAGAAUUGGGCAGGUACUUCGUGGCCAGUCGUGCGUUUAAACCAGGAGAUGUUGUAAUGAAGGAAUAUCCGUUGGCUGCGGCACCUGGUCCGCUAUCACAACACGUUUGUUUCGGAUGCCAUCGUCUUUUUAAGGAAGCUCACAUUUGCAGCGAAUGCCGAAGUCCGUUAUGCAGUCAUAAUUGCCAAAUGUCGUCCGAACAUCAAAAUGAAUGCUGCUAUCUAAAGAAAAUCAUUCCAGAAAUUGAAAACAGACAGAAAAAUGGAAAGAUUCAAAGGAUACCUGUGCAGCUGAGCAUGUUAAUGUUGCCACUACGGUUACUGCUCCUACGUCGAGAACAGCCAAACAAAUGGCAGCUGCUGAUGGACCUUGAGUCGCACAUGGAAGCUCGUAAAAAAACGUCGAUUUGGGGUUUCAAUCAACGAAACAUCACGCCAUAUUUGGAGGCGAUGUUAAAUGAAGAGAUUCCCGACAUCAAUGACGAUUUAGUCCAACAGAUUUGUGGGGCAAUCGAUGUCAACUCCUUUGAGAUACGGAUCGAACAACCUGAUCGACGGCAGCAUGAUCAUCAAGAGCAGCCACUACCUAAUACGAAUGAAGUCUUGCGUGGAACGUUUUACAUGGCAUCUUUGAUGGCUCAUUCGUGCAUCGCCAAUGCCCAAAUAUCAAUGAGCAAUGACUCGCAAAUGACAGUCAAAGCGACUGUACCCAUCCAGGAAGGUGAAGGGAUAUUCGUAAGUUAUACUGAUCCGUUGCAGACGACGUUACAACGCAGAACAUUCCUAGAAAAAGGUAAACAUUUUACCUGUCGCUGUCGUCGUUGCCAAGAUCCCACUGAAUUCGGGACAUUUGCAAGUGCCGUUCGUUGUCGUUCUUGCACCUCCGGUUGGGUUUUACCUCACGACGAUGACCAACUCCACGAUGCAGAAAGUUCGGUAGCUCUUCGUUGGAAAUGUACAGAAUGCAGUAAUGAAAUGAAAUCCGAGGAUAUUGGUCGAACAGAAGAAGUAGUACAGAACAUCGUCAAAAAUAUUCAACGUUUACCUGUUGAUCGUCAUCUAAUUGAUCGAUGCGAAGAAUUAUUUCUCACUUUGCCCAAGAAAAUUCACGUCAAUCACGUUAUUCUCCUUCAACUUCGCAUUUCGCUGGUCCACUUGUAUGGGAACGUGCCAGGAUUUUUGAUACCGGAAUUGCCCGUCAGUUUACUCCAUCGCAAAGCUCAACUUUGUUCGGAACUGCUGGAAGCUCUCCAUCAAUUGUGCCCAGGCUAUUCACGCCUCCGAGGAAUCGUACUCUACGAACUUCACGUGCCGUUGGUUUGUCUGGCCAAUAGAAAGUUUGAAAGUGGUCGAAUGCAACAAGAUCAGCUAAUUAAGGAACUUAAAGAUGCUGAAAUCUUCCUGAAAGAAGCCGUUCAGAUCUUGAUUCACGAGCCCGUAAAUACUCCCGAAUCGCACGUCGCUCGAGCAGCAAUGGCCGAUCUGAAACAGCUAAGGGAAUACAUUAGAGAAAUGGAAAAUUUAAGACGUUCAUAAAACUUGGUUCAGAGAUGGUCGUUUGCGUAAGAUUUGGGCUUACAAAUUCUUUUAGAAAAUAGGAAGAAAGAAACUGGCUUUGGCAAUGAACAUGUGUAUUGA